AUGCUGUCUGAGUCAGCGCACAGCGCCGGGCCCCAGCUGGACGUCCCCCGGCUCCUGUCGUCCCCCGGCGUCCCCAGCCCCGGCGACGGCCCGCGGCGCCCCGACUCUGUCGGACCGCGGCCACGCACCCCACUCGCAGCCGAAGCGCGGCGCCGCCAGCCCCGGGGAGGGGCGGAGUGCCAGCGCGGCCCGACGCCUGCCCGCACACCUCCGCGACAACGGGGUUCUUCUCCGUCCGCCGGCCCUGCUCCCUUACGUCCCACCUGCCCCCCCUUCUCCCACCCUCUACUCCACUCCCAUCGAACAGGUUGUCAGAAAGGAAACGUCGGAAUUUCCCUUCACAAAAAGCACUCGGUCCACUCAUUCGUGGGACUGUUAACAGAACCCCCCUGCAGGGCAAGCGAACUUGGAGACACGAGCGGCGGGGGCUGCAGGCAGAGCCCGACCGCCGCGGAGUCCCGAGCGCGGCGACCCCGCAGCGGGCGACGUCGGGGGACCUCCCCUCCCGAGGUCUCCCCCGAUCGCCUCUCACGCCCGCGGCCGCCCAGCGCUUUCUCUUUUCCUCGGCGGCAGAGCGCGCCCCGGGGGGCGGGCGGGGGGAACCCCGAGAGCGACCCUCUCGGUGCCCGCGGCUUCGCGGCCGCCGCCGGCCGCUCGGCUCCCCGGGGGACACUUCGCGCGGCGCGGGGAGAGUGUGAGCGCCCGGGCGCGCGAGGAACAAAACCCGCGGCCCGAAGUCCUGAGGAAGCGCCCGCGCCCGCCCCUCCCACCCGCGGGCACCCGAACGGCCCGGGCUGCCAACGUGCCGGGGCCGGGGGCCGAGCCCCGGGAGCUAGGCCGCGGGGGUCGCCGCCCGCGCCCGGGAGUCCCGGCAGGAAAGGGCAGUUGAGGAGCUCGCGGGGUCUCCGGAGGCUGCAGCCCGCGCGAAGCGAGGCCCGGCCGCCGGAAUUACCGCCACCGGCGCCCUCCGAGUCGCCAGGCCCGGCCCGGGCCACCGGGUGGCACCCCGCGCUCUGCCCUGCGCUCCUUGGAGCCCUCGCCCCGACCUCUUCUCCUCAGAGCCCGAAGACUCCGCCCGCCGGGAGGAGAGUCCGCCCUCGUCCGCCUCGCCACUUCCCCGUCCCGACUGCCCCUCACUCCGCGGAGCUCCGGCAAACGCUCCCCACGGCCCCAGGACCACCCCCGCCGCUUCCCUCACCCGCACCCGCGUACCGCGGCUGA